GCUGAGAAUAAGGGAGUCACACCUGCGUGUGUGUUGUUAAGCUAUCACAUUGCUCGAGGCAACUCUGUGCUUUCCAAAUCCAUCACCCCUGAAAGGAUAAAGGCCAACAUGCAGAUUGUGAAGCUGGACGAGGGCGACAUGAAGAUCCUGGAUGACUAUACGGCUGAAUUGACGAAACAGGGGAAGCUCACAAGAUACGUCUAUCCUGCCUUCGGAGUUGAUUUCGGAUUCCCAGACAAGUCAUAAUAGAGACGCCUCCGCACACGCUCUCGAACCAUGUGCGGUAUCAGCUGAGAGGAAUGCUUCUUAAGCGAGCACCUUCAAGAGCAUGAGACAAAUAGAAUAGUGGGAUCAAUUUGAUGGACAACCACCUCACAAUUUUUUUCUCACUUUUAUCAUCAGACCAAGACUGGGUUUCAGGUCGCGGUUUUCAUUAUCAUCUUCCACAUUACUACCUAAGGCUCCUAGUCGGCGUCUCACAAUCCAAACGAAAAAACAUAUUUCCACCAUUUUCCGCACUCAUCAAUUUCACCUCAGUCAUAACCAACAACAUUAACACACACCCCUCUCCCCUCUGGCCCCUUUCUACCUACUUCUCUCUUUCCCCUUCCCCUAUCCUCACCUCGCAUCUACAACAUCGCAAACAAAACACCAACAGCACCAACCAUAACCGCACUGAAGCUGAACUGCUUCUGAGCUGCCCCGCCAACCGGCACCGUGUACGUCGGCUUCGCAACCGACGUCGUCGUAUUCUGCCCUGCGUAAGUCGCCACGGUACUACUCGACGUCGUAAUCGGAUAACUCGGAGGAGGAGUCGAAGUCGAAGUCAAAACAUACCCCUCUCCGGAGCUGGUCAUCGAGGUAGGAACAGGGUAGCUCGGGUACGAGCUCCCUACAUGUCCACCCGGGGAGGACGUAGUCGAGGAGGUGGUGGUCGGCCAGGUUUCAUAGGGAGUCGGGGAUUCAUAGGGAGUCGAGGAGGAGGUCGUCUCCUCACUGGAGCUGGAGCAGGACGUCGUGCUUGAUGAUGGGGUCGGCGUCGAGGACGGGGUUGGGGUGCUGUAGUCGGACGUCGGGGGCCCCGACGUGUGGUGCGGGUAGCCCCAGGGGUUGGUGAAUGUGGGCCACCAUUCUUUCUCG